AUGCCCGUGAACACUGUCCACAUUGCGACCUUUAUCGCGGUCCACAUCUUUGGUAGAUAUUACUCCAGUGCCAGCCAUUCUACACUUAUUGUUAUGGCUCAACUUCAGACAUCCUGGAGGACCUUGUGCGAGCAGAAGAGGGCGACGCAGCGAGAGUCGAUCUCCAAAGAGUGGACCAUCCCUGUACCGUCACUUCGAGAGCAUCCCAACGUUCUCGACGUACCUAACUCUUGUGGGCUCUUGACGGAACGCGAGUUGGCUAUCACAGAGACAACCGACAUUGACGUCAUCCUCGAAAAGCUUCGGACAGCCGAGUGGUCCUCGUAUGAAGUGACGAAGGCGUUUUACAAGCGGGCGAUUGUGGCGCACCAGGUGACGAACUGUCUCACUGAGAUCUUCGUGGAUCGAGCGCUUGAGAGAGCGAAGCACCUCGAUGAUGUCUUGGCAAAGACAGGAAAGGUCGUAGGGCCUCUGCACGGGCUCCCUGUAUCACUCAAAGAUCAAUUUACGAUUAAGGGUCUGGAGACGACGAUGGGCUACGCUUCUGGAAUCGGCAAGUACGCUGAUAAGGAUUGUGUUAUUGUUGAGAUCCUGUACGCGUGUGGUGCGGUCCCGUUCGUCCGAACCAACGUUCCCCAGACUCUCAUGUGGGGCGAAACCUUUAACAACGUCUUCGGACGCACUCUGAAUCCAUACAACCGUUCCCUCACCCCCGGAGGCUCUUCAGGGGGCGAAGGUGCGCUAAUCGCGAUGAGAGGCAGCCCUCUCGGCGUUGGAACGGACAUUGGCGGAUCUGUACGAAUCCCAUCUGCCUUCUGUGGCCUAUACACCAUCCGACCAUCCUACGCCCGUCUGCCGUACUACGGCGUCGCCAACUCGCUACAAGGCCAGGAAUCCAUCUCCUCCGUCCUCGGGCCGAUGGCGAACUCCCUCUCGGGUGUGAAGACCUUCCUGACCUCUAUCAUUGGGCAGAAGCCCUGGAGGCUGGACCCGAUGGUCGUACCUAAACCAUGGAGUGAACAAGAGUGGGAUUUGAGCGAGCAUGGAGGUGUGGGCGGACAGCUUUGUUUUGCGGUUAUGUGGGAUAAUGGGGUGGUCAGGCCCCACUCGCCGUUGGUGAGGGCUAUGAAGAUGGUGAAGGAGGCACUGGAGAAGGCGGGGCAUAAGGUUAUCGACUGGGAGUGUCAUCGACACCUAGAGAUUUAUAAGAAUGCGGAAUUGAUCUUCGCGGCCGAUGGUAAUCACGACUACUUGUCAGAGUGUGCCAAAUCCGGAGAGCCGCUCAUCACCACCAUGGUUCCAUCUGAAGAAGAGGAAACGAGCGAAGGGUACGCAUACGAGCCUCCGUAUAUGCUUUGCAGGGAUUUGGCGGGGCACCCGCCGGUGCACCGGAACGCCUACGAAUUGUGGCAACUCCAUAACGAGAAACGCGAGCUGAGAAAGUCGCAUUUGGACCACUGGGAGAAGACGGUUGAGCGUACAGGAACAGGCCGGCCGGUGGAUGCGAUCAUCUCUCCUGCUGUCGCGUAUGCAGCGGUUCCUCAUGGAUUGAAUACAGACUCGUUCUAUACGACGCUUUGCAACGUGCUCGAUUACACAACUUCCGCGUUUCCCGUUACCCAUGUCGAUCCGGAACUGGACAGACCUCAUGAGCCACACGAGUUCUACAACGACGAAGACAAGUAUAUUUACAAACUUUACAACACCGACCUGUUCGCCGGGUGCCCUGUAGGCCUUCAGCUCAUUGGGAGGAUGUUGGAGGAGGAGGCGGUCUUAAGGAUGACCUAUAUCGUUGAUGAUGCGCUGAAGAAGUUGAAGGAAUCGUCGCAUUAA